UCCCGCCCGUUUUCCUCUGCAACCAUCUUGGCGACAGCGGGUCCAAGGUUCAGGCGCUGAAACCCUUUCAGGCCGGUAUCGAAUUCCGUCUACGGUUUAUUUGUGCUCCACGGCGUGAUGUUGUCGCAGCGAGCACUUAUGUUUCUUCUUACUCUCCGAGCUGCGGUGGCGGCAUCGUCUGCAGGCACGCAGACCACGAAGUCGGCGAAGACGAACUCGAGCGGUUCGACCACGCAGACGUACACGGAGAAUGCCGUCUGUAAGCAGAACCGUUGCGUCAACCCGCUCUUCCCCGGACUGUACGACCUCACCUCGCUCUCUGCGCUGUCGUGGACGUGCUCAACUCACCCUAUCCUGGCGCAACCUCGAUUUCUGCUCUAACGCCGUGUACUACGACCCGGCCAUUCCCGACAUCUCCGGCCUCACGACCUCGGAGGUCGUGCGGCAGCAGGAUGACGCUGCGGCUACGCAGUUCUUCUACCACCUCAGCGCGCUGGGAUACGAGGCGUGGGAGCACAAUGAUCCUGCCCACGACGACGGCGAUGAGUGCGUCCAAGCGUCUGGAGGAUGGUGUGCUACACCUACUUCCCCAAGGCCCAGGCUGGCUGCCCCGCGGGGCUGAGCACCCGGUAUCAGCGCCCUUGCUCUGGUUGUUGCGAGGACUAUUUGUCCAAGUGCUCCGUGGAGUGCUGCGACGAGAGCAGCACGCAGUGCACCUUCACGUGGGAGAGCAGCACCGCCGGCGGCACGUCCCUGCUCCAGAGUGCCUACGACGAGGAGCUCGGGCCCUCGGCGCAGUGCACCGGCA